AUGAAGUCCCUCAUCCUGCUCCUUUGCCUUGUUCAGCUCUGGGGCUGCCACUCGGCCCCACAUGGCCCAGGGCUGAGUUAUAAGGAAGUGAGCUGCGACGACCCAGAAACAGAGCGAGCGGCCCUGGCAGCUGUGAACUACAUCAAUUUUCACCUUGAUCGGGGAUACAAGCACACCUUGAACCAGAUUGAAAAAGUGAAGGUGUGGCCUCAGCUGUCCGUCGCCGGGGAGCUGCUUGAGCUAGAAAUAGAAACGCUGGAGACCACCUGCCAUGCGCUGGACCCCACUCCCUUGGCAAACUGCACCGUGAGGCAGCUGGCGGAGCAUGCUGUGGAAGGAGACUGUGAUUUCCGGCUGUUAAAACGCGACGGCCAGUUUUCCGUGUUGUCUGCAAAAUGUCAUUCCAAUCCAGACUCGGCGGAGGAUGUGCGCAAGGUGUGCCCAGACUGCCCCCUGCUGGCCCCGCUUAGCCACGCCAAGGUGGUGCACGCCGUGCAGGCCGCCCUGGCCGCCUUCAACGCUCAGAGUAACGGCUCCUAUUUUCAGCUGGUGGAAAUUUCCCGGGGUCAACUUGUGCCUCUCCCACCUUCUACCUUCGUGGAGUUUGCAAUGGCUGCCACUGACUGUGUUGCUAAAGAGGUCACUGAUCCAGCCAAAUGCAACCUGCUGGUGGAUAAGCAAUACGGCUUCUGUAAGGCGACGCUCACUGAGAAGUUGGAUGGGGAAGAGGUUGCAGUGACCUGCAAGGUGUUUCAAACGCAGCCUGUAGUCCCACAGCCCCAACCAGAUGGCUCCAAUGCAGCAGUCCCCACCCCUGUGGUGAACCCAGCUACAUCUGCACCCUCUCCAGCUGGCCCACCUGCAGCUUCCCUGGUGGUGGGACCUGUGGUGGUGGCGGCAACUCCCCCAGGACCCCAGUUGCACUGGGCACACUACAACCUGCGCCAUGCCUUCAAAGAUGUGGGCUCAAUGGAGUCGGCCUCAGGAGAAGCAUUCCACCCAGGGAAAACACCCAUAGUGGCACGCCCUGGUGUUGCUGUGGCCUCUGGUCCAAUGGUCCGCCUGUGCCCAGGGAGGAUCAGACAUUUCAAGGUCUAG